GGCCACAAAGCCAUUUAGGGUUGGUGCUUUGACGCACGAGAAUUUCCCAAGCAAAAAGCUCCCCCCACCUGAAAAUCGUCGACCGACGCAAGACCCUCGACCGAGUCCCCGACGACAACAAUUCCCGUUCAACAACCACCGACAACUCCGGAAAAUGGCUGAUCGGGGAACUGGUGCCCGCGGCGGCGGCUUCGCUUCUCGUGGCGGUGACCGUGGCCGUGGCCGUGGCGGUCGCCGCGGAGGACGCCGGGGCGGCGGCAAGAGCGACGAGAAGGAGUGGCAGCCCGUCACCAAGCUCGGCCGUCUCGUCAAGGCCGGCAAGAUCAAGAGCAUGGAGGAGAUCUACCUCCACUCGCUCCCGAUUAAGGAGUACCAGAUCGUCGACUUCUUCCUGCCCAAGCUUAAGGAUGAGGUCAUGAAGAUCAAGCCCGUUCAGAAGCAGACCCGCGCCGGUCAGCGCACCCGGUUUAAGGCCAUUGUCAUCAUCGGCGACUCUGAGGGCCACGUCGGUCUCGGUAUCAAGACCUCGAAGGAAGUGGCAACCGCCAUCCGCGCUGCUAUCAUCAUCGCCAAGCUCAGCGUUAUUCCCGUGAGACGCGGCUACUGGGGCGCGAACCUUGGUCUGCCGCACUCUCUUCCCGCCAAGGAGAGCGGCAAGUGCGGUUCCGUCACCGUCCGUCUUAUUCCUGCCCCCCGCGGUACCUCCCUCGUCGCUUCUCCCGCUGUGAAGCGUCUCCUCCAGCUUGCCGGUAUCGAAGAUGCCUACACCUCGUCGUCCGGUUCGACCAAGACCCUUGAGAACACCCUCAAGGCCACCUUCGCCGCCGUGGCCAACACCUACGGUUUCCUGACACCCAACCUGUGGAAGGAGACCAAGCUUAUCAGGAGCCCCCUGGAGGAGUAUGCCGACACUCUCCGGGAUGGCAAGCGGUAUGUUCACUAGGGCGCUGGAUGAGGGGCAUAGAUUGAGGCUGUCGAGGAAUUAGCUCGGCCUGAAUCAAUUUCAUGACUUGAUCAACGACACGUGGCAGUGCAUUUGUCCUGGGGGUCUGCUGGAUACGUCCCCUUCGUUGAGAGAGCUGCUGCUGCACUGAUUCCGGCGGCGUCCUUGCUUCUGAGAUACGGACGGGAGUGGCAGAGCUAGCACACGGCGUGACUGUCCUUGGUGCC